AUGUCCAGACCCGUGAUCCAACCCCUACAGUUUGGGGCGACGGCCCCAGAAACACUCUCACUUUUACAGAAGCGGCUCCAAGUGGCAGAGGAAGAAACAGAGGCACUGGUACGAGACCUUGGCUCUCUUGGGGUCACUAGAGAACAAUUAAUGCUAGAUCUUCCAGGUAGAGACCCUCCAAGGAGGACAAUCAGUCCGGUCAGCCCACUGAUGGUGCAUAAAGCCCUGUCAGGUGGAGCAGAGGGGGUUUUGUGGAGACAGUGUGAGUCGUUGGUGGGAAGAGUGUGUCGACUUGAGAGCCUGCUACACACACUUAAACUUGCCGCUUUUCGUUUAGAAACAGAGAGAGAACUCAGCCCCUCUCACUCUGCUCGUUUAAGAGAGCAAGUAUCAGCUCUGCAGGAGCAGUAUGAAGAGGAGCAGCGCUCCUCGCAGAGGGAGCUAAUGCGUCUUAAAGAACACUUGAAGCAGAUCUCACUAGAGCGAGAGGAGGCGCAGCAGGAGGUGCUCAGACUUAGAAAGGAACUGGAACUUGCCUCCACCUCUAAAAUGAAAGAGCAAAUGGCUGAGGAAAUCACAGCGCGUAUGGAAGCCCAGCAGUCUCACACUGCACUGCUGCACCGGGUGGAGGAGAUGGAGAGAACAGUGGAGAGGGAGAGAGGACAGGUGGAGAUUCUCCAAGCAGACUGCAAUGCUCUGCGUAUUGAUGGACAGGCGGCCAGGGAACUGCUGCAGGAUAAGGAGGAGCUUAUCAGGGGUCUGGAAACAGAAUGUCAGCAGCUCAGGGACCAAUCAGGUUUCAAAGAAUCUCUUAUCUCCGAACUGACGGCUGAGUUAAAGAGCGUCAGGUUAGCUCUUCAGAAGCAGCAGCAGGAGAACAGCAGACUGAUUAGAGAUGGAGGAGACCUGAGAGCAGCUGCAGAUAAAGUACAGAUGUUAAAUGAUCAGUUGGAGAGCCAGUGUUCUGAACUUAGUGCUGCUCUUCACUCACUCACAGUGGAGAAUGCAAAAUUACAUUCUGAAUAUCAGAACAACAUCAAGACAGAGCAGGAGCGUGUGUCCCAGCGACUGAAGGAGCAGGAUUUACUUUUAGAUGCCGCUAAGAGAAACAUUCAGUCUGAACUACAGGGGGCGCUGUCAGAGAAACUUACUCUUCAGAAGGAACUGAAAGGUCUGCAGGCUGACUAUGCCAAGCUGCAGCAGAGUUCCUCUGCUGCCCAAGAGACAGCUGUCACUCAACAGGUGCUUCUGGAACGUACCAUUGAGAAGCUGCGAGGGGAGUUAAGCAGUGCUGUGAGAGAGAGAGAGAACACGAAGAGAGAGGGGGACAUCGUGAAGACUGAGAUGUGCAGAACUGUCUCUCAAUUAGAGGAUGAGAAGAAUACACUGGAAACUCAGCUGGCAGAAGCACGGCUGAAAGUAGACAGUGUGGGUGCUGCUCUUCAGGAACGGGAGAAGGAGAACAGGGGGCUGAUGGGAAGGGUGACAGCCAUGCAAAAUAAGCAGGGUACUCAGCGGCAUGUUGAAAAGGUGCUGCAGGAACUGACAGACGGCAAAAGCCAACUGGCAUAUGAGAGGGGCAAACUGCAGGCUCGAGUACAGCAGUUGGAAGCAGAAUUGACAGCUCAGGGGUCAGAGAGUAAUCAGCGACGGCAGUUGAACACAGUACUGGAGAACAAAUACACACAGACUCAGAGAGAAAACUGCUCACUGAGAGAGGAUCUGAGAAGACUGCAGGAACGGCACAGGAGCACGGGGGAAGUUGCCCAGACAUUGAAGAAUGUUCUGGCAUCUCAUUCCCGUUUGCAGCACAACACUGAGACACUUCAAACAGAGCUAGGAGGCAGAGAGCAAGAACUGCAUGCACUCAGAAUGGAGAGGUUUAUGGAAAUGUUGAGACAGGCGUUGGACAUGGCCCGGCUGGACAACAGGAAACUUGCCCAAAGUUUAGAACAGGCUUUACUGGCCAAUCAGUCUGCACGAGAGAAGCUGCAACAAAGCCGUGACGAACACCAGCACACAGUGACAGAGAGAGAGGUGGAGCUACGCAAGGCAAAGGCAGAGAUUGGUCGAUUGUCUGAGCAUCUUGACUGCCUGAGGAACCGGCUCAGAAAAGAGAAGGAUUCUUGGAGAAAAAAAUUACAACAGGAGACAGCGGAGCUUAAGAAGUCCCUUGAUGAUGCAUCAGCAAAGUCAGGUGACCUCUCGAGAACCAAUCGGGAGUUGCGAGAGAAGGUGCAUGAGUUAGAGAAGCUGGUGUCUAAUCAGAAGUCUCGAAUAAAAGCUCAAAAAGCACAGCUAAAGCAUCACUUGGAGAGUAGAGCUUCUCUGGCCAGCAGCUCUCAGAAAAUUAAGGACAUGGAGACGGAGGUGAAGAGACUGGAGAAACUCAAAGACGAGUAUCAGAGAAAGAUUUAUGAACAGGCCCAGUUAGUUCAGCAAGUUCAGAGAGAAAUGGCAUCACUGCAGAGCGAGCUGCACUCCACGUCCUCCACGCAGAGAGAAGAGCUGCAGGCAGAGAGACGACUAACAGAAGCUCUGAGGGAAAAAUGCCAGAGGUUGGAGGAGAGUGUGAGGCGGUUAAAAGAAGAGAGAGGCAUGUCAGAGCAGAGACUUCGAGAUGUUAGCCUGGAGUCACAGCAGGUCUCAGAGAACCUGGAGGAGGCCCACAGCUGGUUCCGCACCAGGUUCGAGAAACUGAAGAGUGAAGCAGAGCAGAACCUCAGGGAACCAAAGGAGAGCAAAGAGUGUUCCUUUGACUCAUUAAAAGAGGGCGCACCGACCUCCCCCAGCAAACACUACAGCAAGUCAGACGGUGGUGGUUCUGGACCGUCAGAACCGGAGAUGGAACGUUGGGCCUCUACUCUACAGCGCUGGGAAACCAAGAAAGAGCUUGCACGGAUAGCUAGCAGUCACAAACCCAUGGGACACUCUCUUACAUGA